CAGUUGCCUUCUCUCCCAUGAAAAAAUUGCUAAUUUCCUCUGGGUUGUCCAUUACCAACACCUUGAUCUUUGAAGUCAACAAGUAACGACACUCUCAGGUUCUAGUGUUGUGGCCCUGUCUCCACGCUGCAGCUGAGACCUUCCACCAUGAAGCUCUUCUCCUGCCUCAUGGCUCUUCUCAUGUUCCUCCUCCAGGCUGUUCCAGGUCUUGGCUUGCCCAAGGACACCCAGCAUUGUUUGGAAUACCAUGGCUACUGCUUCCAUUUGAAAUCCUGCCCGAAGCCUUUUGCUGCGUUUGGAACUUGCUACCGGCGUCGGAAAACCUGCUGCAUAGACACGACAUCAAACUUCCACAUUUGUCAAGAGGAGGGGGGUCAUUGUGUACCCCCAGAAAUCAGAUGUCUGCAAGAACAAGUGGGACUCUGCCCUCGCAGGGGAUGGAAGUGCUGCACAGAAGUGUGACAAGGAUCUCAUGGAAUUGUAGAAAACCACAGAAAUGCAUGGCCAAGAAAACAACUGAGGCUUUUUUUCUAGUGUUUUAGACAUGUCUGGUGUUCUCAACAUGCAAAAUGUGUAAUUAACUAGAGGUGAUAUGUUUCUUUAUAUAACAAAGGCAAUAAAUGCUAAAU